GUGGUUAACUAGGAUGACCCAUUUUUUUUCUUUUCUUAUUUUAGAAAGUUAUAAUGGAGACACAUGGGUCGGAAGAAAAGAUGGGUAGGAUUCGGAAGGAGUGUCAAGAGUAAAAUGCCAAUUAGGGGGAAAUUUGCUUUGGAAAACUGCCUACUUCCAUUUUGAAAACUUAUUUACCUCACUGAUGUUAUCUUGGAAUUGCAGUUCAUAGAUCUUUCUUUCUCUGAUGGUAUUUAUUAGCCUAUUUGUUCAAAAAAAUAUUGAAAAUGGAAAGUUAUAUGCUUUGGGCAGGGUAAUAGUUCUGAUAACUCUGAAACUCAAGGGGGUAGAAAUAAAACAUUAACUAUUCGCUGCCUAAACAUUACUAUCUAACUGAACUGCAUGACUGAAAGAAAAUGCAAAGAAUGAGUGUCCGUUACGAGUUCACAAGGGACUGCUCAGCUAUUUCAGAAUAAAACAGGAUCUGCCGGGAAUUGAGAAAGGAAGCCAAUAAGAGUAUCCUGAGAAAAGUUAAGAUUAGGAAAAAUAAAGGACUGUGAAAAACCUGAGAAAUUGUUAUUUACCACUAAUUUAAGAAAAAUGAAUAGCACUUGUGCUGGUGAACACAAAUGCAAGAUCAACAAAAGACAAAUUGAAUUUUAGCCAGACAUGAGGACUAAAUAACAAAAACCUCUUAUCCCUGAAUAAUUAAUGGUGGGAAAUAGGCCUGUGAGUAAUGAACAGAGACUAGAUCAAUGAUGAUUCAAAAUGACUGAACUAUUGAACUGCUUUUUAAAAUUAUUCUUUCACAAGAAAUGUACAGAAAAAGGAUAUGGGAAACUAAGCAGUGAUGAAGACCUCGAUAUAAUUGUUGAUCAGAAUCAGGUAGUAGGUGUAACCUUGAAGAAAAAGUGGCACUGUCUUCAAAAAAGUGACCUGACUCUGGCUUUGGGAAAAGGCUCUAGGGCGGCAGAUAAGGCUGUUGCCAUGGUGAUGAAGGAGAUACCGAGGGAGGAGUCUGCUGAAGAAAAGCCCCUCCUUACUAUGGCAUCACAGAUCUUCAGAUUUGGUGCUCUCCCCUCCUUCUCUCACAGAUCACUGGUGGCCCAGGCUCCUUUCUCCAGAUUGGUGAAUGAACAACAAGAAAGCAGACCCCUUCUGAGCCCUUCAAUCGAUGACUUUCUCUGUGAAACGAAAUCGGAAGCAAUAGCGAGGCCUGUAACGUCAAAUACCGCAGUGCUGUCAACAGGUUUAGACCUCUUGGACCUGAGUGAAGCUGUUUUACAAACCCAAAACAAAACAAAGAAGUUAGAGACUACUUCCAGAGGUGAAAGCUCAAAGGCUUCAACCCACAAGAAGAAGGUGGAUGGGUCAGACCUGAUCAGUGUAGAAGCUGAGCAGAGAGGACAGGCUGUGAGAGUCCCUGAGACAGCAACACUCGAUUUAGUUGAUAUCCAGACACAGUUGGAGAAAUGGGAUGAGGUGAAGUUUCAUGGAGACCGGAACAGCAAGGGCCAACCUGUGGUGGAAAAAAAGCCAUCAUCAUCCAGCACUGGCUCAAAAGAGAUUUUAUGGUCCUCAGAAAACAGAUCUCAGCUGGAAAUGGCCAGUGGAAGGGGGGCUCUGAAUUCGGAAUCAACUUCAGAACUGGAAUUAGCAACUCCAACCCAGGCACGACUGACCAAAGAGCAUCGCUGGGGAAGUGCGUUACUCUCUAGAAACCACUCCUUAGAAGAGGAAUUUGAAAGGGCCAAAGCAGCAGUGGAGUCAGACACAGAAUUCUGGGAUAAGAUGCAGGCUGAGUGGGAAGAAAUGGCUCGGAGGAACUGGAUAUCUGAGAACCAAGAAGCCCAGAAUCAAGUUACUAUUUCUGCUACUGAGAAGGGUUAUUAUUUUCACACUGAAAAUCCUUUCAAAGACUGGCCUGGUGCUUUUGAAGAAGGGCUGAAAAGAUUGAAGGAAGGGGACCUUCCCGUAACUAUAUUAUUCAUGGAAGCAGCCAUUCUUCAAGAUCCCAGUGAUGCUGAGGCCUGGCAGUUUCUUGGUAUAACCCAGGCAGAGAAUGAAAAUGAGCAAGCAGCUAUCGUCGCCCUCCAGAGGUGCUUGGAAUUACAACCCAACAACUUGAAAGCAUUGAUGGCCUUGUCAGUGAGUUAUACGAAUACGGGCCAUCAACAGGAUGCUUGUGAAGUCCUGAAGAACUGGAUUCGGCAAAACCCAAAGUAUAAAUACUUAGUGAAAAACAAGAAGGGAUCUCCAGGACUUACUCGGAGAAUGUCUAAGUCGCCAGUUGAUAGUUCCGUCCUGGAAGGAGUAAAGGAGCUGUAUCUAGAGGCUGCACACCAGAACGGGGAGACGAUAGACCCCGAUUUACAGACGGGACUUGGGGUGCUGUUCCACCUGAGUGGAGAAUUUAAUAGAGCGAUAGAUGCGUUUAAUGCUGCCUUAACUGUUCGACCAGAGGACUAUUCCUUGUGGAACCGCCUUGGAGCAACUUUGGCAAACGGAGACCGCAGUGAAGAAGCGGUCGAAGCCUACACAAGAGCUCUAGAAAUCCAGCCCGGCUUUAUUCGUUCCAGAUACAAUUUGGGAAUAAGUUGCAUCAACCUAGGAGCUUACAGAGAGGCAGUCAGCAACUUUCUCACAGCUCUCAGUUUGCAAAGAAAGAGCCGGAACCAACAGCAAGUCCCCCAUCCUGCAAUUUCUGGCAACAUCUGGGCGGCUCUCAGGAUUGCCCUCUCAAUGAUGGACCAACCUGAACUCUCUCAGGCAGCUAAUCUGGGUGACCUGGAUGUCCUAUUAAAAGCUUUCGACCUGGACCCGUGAAAGAAAAUGCAAAACUCUCCUCCAAAACGUACCGGGAAAUGCAAAACUAUUUUAGUACGGAUUUCAAAGGGAUAAAAACGUCACUCAAAGUUACCAAGCUCAUGCCUCACAAGGAAACCCCAACCAAUGCUGCCCAAUUUCUGUAAAAGUUCAAAAGCACAAAAAACUGUAUAUAGCAUCGUUUGAACUCCAAACAAAAAUAGAAAAGAAUGAGGCAAACCAAGAUGAAACAACCGGAUUGGAACACUCUUCAUGCAAUAUGUUUCUAAAUUAGUAGGGUGGAUUUCUUUUUUUUUUUUUUUUGCACUUGGUUACAGCUGACAACUCUUUUAAUGGAAACUGUCUUCUAUUUCAUAAAGCAAGCGGUGAACGCACUGCCCCAGUACAUGGUGGAAUACGGACUUCGGUUAUAUUCAAUCUCUAGUUCCUUACUUCUUCUACAAAUUGUGGUUUAGCUCGGGUCAUUGGUGCAUGCACAGUACAUAUUAUUAGUUCUUUAAUAAGAGGGGUUCAGCUUGGAAUUUGCUUAACAAAUUCUUAACAUGGCUGUAGAUGUUUUAUUUCAGUGUGAGCUUUGCAGGCAAAAGCAGCUAUUUGCACUACAAGUUUUGCAGUUCACAACCCCAAAUUCUCUGUGACUGUACAUAUGCACUUUAAUAGUUUAUCAUUUAUGCACUUCUGGGGUACUGUUUCUCCAAUUUUUAAGCAUUGUAAGAAAGAGGUAAGGAGACAGCCACUUUGGCUCAAUGGACCAAAUACAAAUUCUUGAAAAUAGUUUUCCGUAGUGUAGGAUUUGGUGAGGGGCAUCUUUUUCCUAAAGCUAACAUGGCAGAAAGCAUAACCUCAAAUCUAGAUUCUUCUUCUUUGUAUAACCUCAAUAUUAAUAAAGCCUGGAUGAAGCUAAGUGAAGAGGGUUUCGUUCCUUCAAGGAUUAAACUGGAGGGAAGCCUAGUAAUUAGUGCUAAUUUCACCAUUACUCAUCUAAAUAAUUGCUGAUCUGCUGUGUUGCAUUGUCCAUCUGACUUAGGCAGUUGACCCUCUAUGUAAGAGAAUUUUAAGUUCACUGCUAAGAUGUUAAAUAUUUUUCUUAAAUCAUGACAAAGACAUUUUUAUUCAAAACAAGUUGGCAGGUCUAUUCCAGGGUAGACAUUUUGCCAGUCUCUCUAGUGUAAAUGAAACUGAACUAUGGGUUCACAACAGUUUUUCCAAAUGUACGUUAUUCUAGUGUUUUGGUGUCAUGAUUUGAGGAUUCUGUACAACUGGCCCUUAUCCUGACGUACAGUGUAAGUGCUGUUCAAUACAUUGCUUGCUGAAAAUUUUGACCUCACUGGAGGAGGGGAUUUCAUUUAAUCAAGAAAACCUUUUAGUUUGUGUGUUAGAGACUAAAGUGGAUGAACUGGAAACUGCUUUCUGAAAGCAACUUUCUUGUGACACUUUGUCUACGGGAGGGUAUUAUUUCCCCAUUAUCUCCCUUCCUCUGUUUCCUAAGUGGCAUUUUUAGUUGUGCCUUAUUCCGAAUCUUGGUUUCAGAGCUGUUGAAAAGGGACAAGUGUUUGGGAUAAGGACACUUAUAGGAAAAUUAGCUCUGGAGUUCAGAACUUCGUGCAUCGGUAGUGAGAAAAUGAACCCAAUCAAGAAUCAUUACUGCUGAGCUACACGGUGAGUAGGUGGUUAGGAGUUUUGAUGUGAGUAUGAAACUCUGGAUCUUAGAAGCAGCUGAAACCAUUUUACUUGGGAAGAUGACCGAGGCAGGUGCACAUAUAUUCAUAUUUCAAAGUCUGUUUCAUUGGACGUCAUAAACCCUAUAAUCCCAGAGAUGAUCCUCUCCCACUCAAACUGAGCAAUUACCAUUUUGCAUAGUAGUGACUCGAAUCUUUCCCUCUAUUCAUAAAAGCAAAGUAAAGUAAGACUGGAAGUGACUCAAGAGGUUUAGCACCUUCUCGUGUCUCUUGAGAGGGCCGGAUAGAGCCGUUCAGAGGAGGAAAUACCAUAACUUGACUUAAUAGCUCAUUCCUGCACUUCUAGUAGAUCAUUGCAAAGUUUAUAAUAGAUCUUUCCAGAGUUUAACAGCCUUCAAGGUCAGAAAAUUAUUUCUCCUGUCAAACCUAUCCCCACUCUCCCUUGCAGUUUAAGCCCCUGUCACCGGAACUUAAAACGUUGUAGGUUUAAACAUCUCUUUUCCAGUUGCUAGAGCAGACAUCAAAUUCCGUGACUUGAAACAUAAUCGAAAGUCUUAUUACAAUGUUUACUCAGCCUUGCAGAGAGCCACGUGCCUGGAACCAGUACCUAUGUAGGGCAGGCCAAAGACGGAGUGUUGAUAUAUUUUCAUUUUGGCUUUUGCAGUAGAGCAUUUCUGCAGUCUAGUAAAUUUCUUUUGCACCAGGCUACAAGACUCCAAAGCAGUGAAGAUAUUUCAUAAACCUUUGAUUGCAGUUCAAUGAUCUAUUUCCACCAGUUGGUUACCUGAUAGCAAUUUAUCCUCGAUCUCUUAUAUGUGCCUAAUGUCCAUAGAAUUCAAUACUGGGGAUAAGGCUUUAGAGCACCGUGCCUGUUAUUUUGCCCCAAAUUGUCACCCUUGUGGAGGAGUACUUUCAAAUAUAGUGUUUACAGAAUUUAAAGCAUUACCAAAAAUAAAUAAGAACUUUAAGGUAGGCUUAAUUUUUAUAUGGAAACCUUUCUUUUUUAGGCAGAAAAUGUCUCCGCUCCUAAUCUGCUGUAGAUGAGUACGUUAUCAUUUUAUUUCCUUUUUUCCUUAAAGAACCCAGCAAGUCCUUUCUUCCCUCCCCUCCAAUAGCUGGGUCUGUUGUCAUUCUGGAAAGAUGGCAGGGCACCUUAUUUGGCACUUAGUCCUUGUAUUCUAAGCAUAAAUGGGGAACAACAAACACAAGGGCUAUUAUUUGAAGGCAUUGCUAUAGUGCUUGUGGGACAUUCAGUUGUUCCCAUAUUACAAGGUGCUGAAUCCUCCAGGAAUGUGGAUUACAAUUAUUUAGUAACACAUGCAUUAGCUGGCUCCAACUGUUCUACAGCCCAUAGUUCACUGUAGUAACAAUAAUCGGUGGCGAUGAAGAGAAGGGAUUAGCGGAAACUGGCUAUUUUGGGGGGGCGAUGGGUAAUCUUUUUUUUCACCCCCCUCAUUGUGCAGAGCAGAUCACAGACCAUACUUUACCUUCACUUGGAGCCGGGUUCUGCUAUCAAGGGUAGAUGAUGGGCCAGAUUGAAGGGAAAGGUGUGAACCAUGCCGAAAUGUCAUCAGUUCAUCAUUCGAACUUAUUUUAGAUGGCCAUACCUAGUGAGAUGUCCAUUCCCAGAAGCAUCUUGGCCA